AGGAGCGUCUGGGCGUACCGAGACUUCCUCUCAAGUCGCGAACGAGGCCGCCCCGGGGAGGACGGACCGGCUUGGAGGUCCCAUGGAGCCCCCCGAGACGAAGCUGCCCAGGGCUAUCCUUGGCCAUGGAGACUAUGACUCUGAUUUUAGUGAUGAUGAAACAGGAGAGAAAUCUCGCCAGCAAAAAAAUAGUGAAGAUGCAUUACUCAAAAAGCCUUUCCAGAAGGAAAAGCAGAGCAAAGUGGCCCACAGACAGGUGGCAACGGAUGAAUGGGACAGGGAAGAAGCCAGAAAUAGACGAUUCCAUUUAAUAGCAAUGGAUGCUUAUGCAAGACAUAAGAAGUUUGUAAAUGAUUAUAUUUUAUACUAUGGUGGUAAGAAAGAAGACUUCAAACGUUCAGGAGAAAAUGAUAAGACUGACCUUGAUGUUAUAAGAGAGAACCAUAGAUUCUUGUGGAGAGAAGAAGAUGAAGUUGACAUGAACUGGGAGAAGAGGUUGAGCAAGAAAUAUUAUGAUAAAUUAUUCAAAGAAUACUGUAUAGCAGAUCUGAGAAAAUACCAAGAGAACAAGUUUGGAUUUAGAUGGAGACAUGAGCAAGAAGUUGUAUCAGGAAAAGGACAGUUUUUUUGUGGAAGCAAACACUGUAAUGAAAAAGAAGGCUUAAAGAGCUGGGAGGUGAAUUUUGGAUAUGUUGAACAUGGCAAAAAGAAAAAUGCACUUGUUAAAUUAAGACUUUGUCCAGAAUGCUCUUACAAAUUAAACUUUCAUCACAGGAAAAGGGAGGUCAAACCAGGAAGCAAGCCAGACAGCAAAGAACAAGGCUCCGAUGUUUUAAAGUGUAAAAAAUCAAGAAUAUCUUCACCGCACAGCCACAAGGCAAAGAAAAAAAAGACCCACGAAGAUCAAACGUCCUUAGAAGAAUCAAACAAAACUGAUGAAG